AUGCCGCCGGACCUGCUUAAAGUGAAGACCAAAUCGGCGUUUCCGACCACCGAGGUGUCGUUCAGCAACGAUAUCACUCCUACGCUUCUGGCGUCGGAGGAUCAUUCACAUCUGCUGAACCAUUCGCAACUCAACCUGGUCCAGCCAAAGAGACCUUCGGUGCCUCGCACGUCUGAUACUGACGAUAGACUGUUACGCCAGAAUCUUAUUGGCAAGGUUGCCAAUUUGCUCCACAGCACGAUUUCCAGAUCGAGGGAAAACUCCGUUUCCUCCAAUGCCUCGAAUAGCUCUCUUCCUCGUGUCACCAGUCCGACUUCUGACCGUUUUCCGGCUCUGGGUAUCCUGACACCUUCAAGACCUCGUCUGCGGAUGGUCAAGGAAACGAAUUUCGUGUCACUUGAAUAUGAUCCCAUCUCAAGACGUAAAGUUUUGAACACUUACGAGAUCAGAGGUGAGAUUGGCCGUGGUGAACAUGGCAAGGUGAAGCUAGCCCGUGACCUUCAUUCCGGCGAGCUCGUUGCUAUCAAGAUUGUCAACAGAAAGAAUAAGAAAGAACGGUACCUACUAAGUAACCGUGGAUCAAUUGCUGCUCCCAAUCAUCCAUACAGCGACUACGAAACCAAGAUUCGUAGGGAGAUAGCGAUCAUGAAGAGAUGCGAUCAUAAGUAUAUCGUUAAUCUCAAAGAAGUGCUAGAUGACCGGAGAUCCCAUAAGAUCUACUUGGUGCUAGAAUACCUUGAAAAGGGCGAGAUCAAAUGGAAGCGCCUGUCACCAAUCCAGACCCCAAUGCCCUUGCAUGACUCCCAAGAAUCAAACAUUCCUUGCUGUGAUUCCAAUACCCAUAUGAAAACUGAAGCGUCUCCUUUAGAUGACAACGAGUUGCUUGCUGACAUUUACUCCCCUAAUCUUACCUUUAGACAAUCCAGGAAGGUAUUUAGAGAUGUUCUUCUUGGUCUCGAGUACCUUCACAUGCAAGGUAUUAUUCACAGAGAUAUAAAGCCAGCGAACUUGCUUGUGGGCUCUGAUAACACAGUCAAGAUCAGCGAUUUCGGUGUUUCAUUUGCAUCGUACUUGGGAAAUACAGGUGAAGGUUUCCGUAUGAGCGAAGCCGAGCUUGCAAAGACAGUCGGUACGCCUGCCUUCUUUGCUCCAGAACUUUGCCGUACCUCCCACUCGGCUAGCAACAGCACCAUCAAGAUGACUUCUUUAGAUAUGGAUAAGCUGAGCUCUCAGCAAAAUGGUACAGAGACGCCAAAGGUCACAUAUAAGAUAGAUAUUUGGGCUCUAGGUGUCACGCUUUACUGUUUGCUUUUCGGAAAGGUGCCGUUUAAUGCAGAGCUGGAGUUCGCCUUAUUCGAUGUCAUCGUCAAUCAGGAGGUCCAAUUCCCUCAAUCCAAGGAUGAAUUCCAUUCGCCACAAGAAGUUAGCGAUGAAGAGUUUGAACUCGCUAAGGACUUGGUUAGAAAGCUUCUCGACAAGAACAGCGAGACCAGACUUACCAUUCGUGGUAUCAAAGAGCAUCCAUUUGUCUUGAUGGAUCUUGAAGAUGACUUAGAUAAGCUCAACGAGUUCUUCUUUAUUAAUUCUACCGAGCCUUAUGGUCCAUUUGAUUCGAUUGGAAAGAAUCAUGAAAUCGGAAAAGAUGAACUUGAUGAUGCGGUUGUCGGUGUCGGUGCGCGUAUCCAGGGAAGCUUUCUUCAAGCUAUCCGCUCCAGAGAUCCAGAAGCGCUUCGUAAGGCAGCUCUCAAGAUGGAGACAAGCACAUCCUCAAGCGACGAGUCUUCGAAUUUCGUUACUCGUACUAACAGCAAUACUUUUGGAUAUAAUCCCUCCAUCAAUAACUCAUUGAUUCUUCUGGAGUCCGUUCAAACACCACCGAUGGGAGCCUCUAGAGCACACUUACAGACUAAUGAUACUGGCUCCUUCCUCAAAUCGGUAACUGGUCAUACAGGUAACCAUACACCUGAAUUGUCGACUCUCUCGCGUCAGAACACCGGAAGCCGGCCUUCAGUGGUGCUUAGCCGCAAUAAUCUUUUAUUUCAAGAUGUUCUUGAGACCAAUAGCUCAUCUUCCAGCAGACAAGGAAGUGUCAGUGGGAUCCUGGAAGCUCCUCAAAUCGAAACCAAGAGAAACGUGGGUGGUGAUCUUUACUUGAAGAACGAAUCCGUCAUAGACACUUUCAAGGGUAUCCAGCAACUUGACCAAAAGAGAAGGAAAUCGAGUGCGUUCGUUCGCAAUAAUAGCUCUCCCUCGAGUCCACGCCCCAGCAAGACUGAAUCAACUCUGGGCCUGGAAUCCAAGCAUCCUCUCUCGCAACCUCAAGCGAUACCCAUGUCUUCAGAUUCUUCUGUUCUGAGCAAGAUCAAGGUGGGUCCUAUCAGCAUUGAUAACAAGAGACGUGCUUCAUCCGUUAUAUCAUUGCCGUUAACAGAAAGCUUUGCAUCGUUGGAUAGUUUCAAUGAUGACUACUUGACCCACAAGUACCACGAAUACAGGAAAAAGAAGCUCGGUAGUAAGUUGCCAGAGCCUGGUGCAGUUAAUUCGGAUCCUAACUUGGGUGACAAUGCAUUUAACACCAUCAAUGAGAAAUUCAAGAACUUCAACCUUGGAUCGCUGAUGACUGCGUCGAAGAACGCUAAAGAAGGACGGACGAAUGAGGGCGUUGCCCCCAACUCAAGGUCAAGAUUCCUGUCGUAUUCCACUGAGACAAAGUCCCUGGCUUCUCAAUCGUACAGCAGUUGCAGCACAAGUGGAAGUGGGAGCAGUGAUAGCGAAAGUGACGAAGAAGCUGGCAAUUUGACGUUGAAGUUCUCUUCUAAAGUCACUCCUCGCAGUCGUCCUCCGUUCCUCUCUCUCAAGGAUCGGGCACACUCUCACGAUUCCAAUUUACCCAACUUGAUCAACCAUCAAAACAAUGCUUACGACGUUCCAGUUGUCUUCCAGGGCGAUCUUCUCGAGUUUGAGGAUGUCCCGGAGAAUUUGAUGGGUAACGUACAGAAGGCGGCAGAUACUGACAUGAGCGCAUCUGUUUCCAUCAUCUCACAGAAUUCGAUUGCCACGAUAACAAAUGGCUCGGAUGAACAGCCUUCGCUCCUUCGGGUUCCUCAUAAACCAUCUGUUCAACACUCGCCGUUGCGCAAUCAGGUAGACGUCGAUAGUCAAUCAAACGGAAGUCCUCGUCAGGAACGCGAUCCACAGUCCCGUGUCAAUGAUGCUAUACUGGGAGUUGCCAAGUCUGCCUUGAGGUCAGGAUAUUUCAGAAAUCACUACAAGAAAGAACCGAUGCACUCUCCAUUUCCUAAAUCUAAGCAUCUCGAUAAUGACAAAGAAAGUGUUGUCAAAAGCCAAAUGAGAGAAGGAACUGAACACAUCCGCCCUUGUUACCAGCGUUCUAAUUCUGUAACGUUGGGACUUCUUCAGCACACACGACCUGAUCCAACAUAA